AUGAAGGAUGGAAUUUUUCUAGAGAUGGCUGAAGAAGAAGGCAAAUCGGCUAAAGCAGGAAGCAGACACGGACGACGAAGCUUUUCUUCUCGCUCCAACAAGCAAACGUUUCGUGGUGGACGGCGGCGUUAUGGUGGUGAAUUCAUGUAUCCGACUGGUGGCACAAAAGAAGAUCCACUAAACCUCAAUGCAGUGAUAUCGGGCGACGAAUCAGUCAGCACCAAGGAAUCGAACAUCGCCCAAUCUAAACCUAUCGAAGUAAUUACUUUUACUAAUCUUUAUUAA